AGCGUCUGCACCCGCCAAGAGCUUCAAGAUAAAAAUCACGAGGUGCUUCAAAAGAACAAGAAAUUCAAAAUACAAAAAAAUCUUCAAAAAUUGAGUACAAAUAUGGUUCAAUUUGAAGAAAAAUUAAUAAAAUAUGUGAAUAAAAUACAAGAAAAGAGAAAAUGAAUGUGAAAGACGGAAAUCAAUGGAUCCCGGGACAGGUGGAAUAAAGACCUCUUUGCAACACCCUAUAUUAAAGCAUUCAAACAAUCAUUUACUUAAAUUUUACAUAAUCUAUAGCAUGGUAACUGACUUUUGACUGAACAGAAGCUGCAAAGAAUCAAAUAUUCUAAAUAAAUAAUUAUGACACUGUUUAAAAGCUUCAAUAAUUGAGCUAUAUUAUUUUUCAUUUAGCAUCAUCCCCAAGGGUUUGCAUCUGGGUCCUGAUGGGAGUGAAUGAUGAAAAAGGUCCAACCAAGACAACAUAACCUUGUGUAUAAAUUAGGUUUUUAUUUGUGGACUUGUGAGUAGAAGGUAAGAAAUGGGGGCUUUCUUUGUCAAUUGUUUGCUUAUAAAUAUCUAUCAGAUUAUGAUUUAUUCCUCUCUUUUCUUUUCUGAGUCUUCCUUCUUUUCGUCAUCUUGUAAAUUACUGAGAACGUUUAAUUUAAAUGGUCUGCACAAGCCGGGGGAUGUAGUUCUGGGAGGGCUGUUCGAGGUCCACUACAAUUCUGUGUUUCCUGAACACACAUUCACCUCUGCGCCACAACAGCCCAGUUGCCAGGGCUUUGACACACUUGGGUUCAGGCAUGCCAUGACCAUGGCUUUUGCAAUUGAAGAGAUCAACAACAACCCCGACUUGCUGCCCAAUAUCACUCUGGGAUACAGUCUUUAUGACAACUGUGCCACUCUAGGAAUCGGAUUUAGUGCUGCACUGUCAAUGUCCAGUGGUCAAGAGGAACAGUUUUUGCUUCAGGACAACUGCUCAGGGGUUCCCCCAGUUGUGGGAAUUGUCGGCGAUCCCUUUUCCACGUUUUCCAUAGCUGCUUUAGAUGUUUUAGGUUUAUACAAGCUGCCUAUGGUGAGUUAUUUUGCUACAUGUUCAUGUCUGAGUGAUCGUCAGCGAUUUCCAUCCUUCUUCAGAACAAUCCCAAGCGAUGGUUUCCAGGUGCGUGCCAUGAUCCGCAUCCUACAACACUUUGGGUGGUCAUGGGCAGGUCUUCUGGUCAGUGAUGAUGACUAUGGCCUCCAUGUUUCCAGAUCCUUUCAAACUGACUUGACACGUGCAGGCGGAGGCUGUCUGGCUUACAUAGAGAUUUUGCCCUGGGGCAACGAUCCAAGCGAGUAUCAGAGGAUUGUAAAUGUGAUGAGAAAAUCCACAGCACGUGUUGUGAUGGCGUUUGCACAUCAGAUGCAUAUGAUUCAAGUCCUGGAGCAGGUGGUGAAGCAGAACGUCACAGGCCUGCAGUGGAUUGCCAGUGAAGCUUGGACUUUAGUUGAUGGACUCCAGACCUCAGCCUUCAUGCCCUUUCUGGCAGGAACCUUGGGUAUCGCCAUCCGUCGAGGAGAAAUACCAGGACUCAGUGACUUCCUAUGGAGAGUUCAUCCUGAACAGCAAGGCAAUGAAAAUAACAUGGUGAAACAGUUUUGGGAACACACGUUUAACUGUAAGUUUUCACCACCUCCAGUUGGUUGGGUGGAGGCUGGAGGGGCACAGUGUUCUGGGGAAGAAAAUCUAGAGAAUGUGAAGACCGACCUGCUGGAUGUGUCAGAACUGAGGCCAGAAUAUAAUAUUUACAAGGCUGUGUAUGCAUUAGCACAUGCUCUACACGACAUGCUAUGUGUUCCUGAUGCCUUUGGAGAGAAGAGCUGCUCCAGUUUGCAAACAUUGGAGCUCUGGCAGUUUGCGUUUUACCUAGAAAAUGUUAAUUUCACCACAUCCUUCGGUGACCAAGUCUCAUUUGAUGAGAACGGUGAUGCUUUACCCAUAUACGAUGUGGUGAACUGGCUGCAGCUCCCUGACGGAAAAAGUAAAGUUCAGCGUGUGGGUGAGGUCAAGAGGUCCGCCUCUAAAGGUGACGAGCUCACGCUCGAUGAAGGCAAAAUCUUCUGGAACUUUGAAUCCAAACAGCCCCCCAGGUCGGUGUGCAGUGAAAGCUGCCCCCCAGGAACGCACAUGGUGAGGAGGAAAGGGGAGCCUUUGUGUUGCUUUUACUGCAUUGCUUGUUCUGAAGGAAAGGUCAGCAAUGAAACUGACUCCUUGGAAUGCUUCAGAUGUCCAGAAGACUUCUGGUCCAGCCCCCGACGUGACCAUUGUGUUCCCAAGAGAACCGAGUUCCUCUCCUAUCAAGAACCACUGGGUGCGUGUUUGACCACGGCCUCGUUGCUGGGUGCAUUCUCCUGUGCCAUUGUUCUCGGGAUCUUCACCUAUCAUCGUCAAACACCCAUUGUCCGAUCCAACAAUUCAGAACUGAGUUUUCUCCUCUUAUUGUCCCUGAAGUUAUGUUUCCUGUGUUCGCUGCUGUUCGUUGGAAGACCCAGACUGUGGACAUGCCAGCUGAGACAUGCAGCCUUUGGGAUCAGCUUUGUUCUUUGUGUUUCCUGCAUUCUGGUUAAAACCAUGGUGGUUCUGGCUGUGUUCAAGGCCUCCAAGCCAGGAGGCGAAGCCCGUCUCAAGUGGUUUGGAAUUGUGCAACAAAGAGGCACCGUUUUUGCCCUUACCUGCAUUCAAGCAGCUAUCUGUACGGCAUGGAUUGUCACUGCUUCACCGCUACCUUUUAAAAACACCCAGUACCACAAAGACAUCAUAGUUUAUGAGUGUUUAGUUGGUUCUGUUAUUGGAUUUAGUGCUUUACUCGGCUAUAUUGCCUUACUGGCUGUCAGCAGCUUCGUAUUAGCAUUUUUAGCAAGAAAUCUUCCAGACAACUUCAAUGAAGCCAGACUCAUCACUUUCAGCAUACUGAUUUUCUGUACUGUGUGGGUGGCCUUUGUUCCUGCAUACAUUAACUCACCAGGAAAAUAUGCUGAUGCAGUGGAGGUGUUUGCCAUCCUGGCUUCAAGUUUUGGUCUCUUGAUAGCAUUAUUUGGCCCUAAAUGUUUCAUAAUACUGUUGAGACCAGAACAAAACACACGGCAAGCCAUUAUGGGUCGCAAACCAAAAAAUCUACAUUUUGAAACAUCUCAUCUUAAGCAAUGAGUCAAAAGUUAAAAGAAAAGAAAAACAGACUUUAU